GUGGCUGUUAGAGCAGGUUCGACCUUCAUGAUGUUGACAGUAGCCUAGGCAGGGAGGUAUAGAUCUACACACUUAGUGGCAAUCAUCAGACACGACUAGUUCUGUAGAUCUGCAGUAAGAGACGAAGAGUCGUGUCUUUGUUUCUAACCCCGGAGCCCUGAUAUAUUCUACUGGAACAUGAGUGCAAAAUAUUUUCAGGAUAAAAUAAUGUGGCUUUGCCUUUAGCUCAAUGUUGUUAGCAUGAAUUAGUUUGUCAGCGGUAGGUAUAUUUGUGGUGUGUGUGCUCUAGGCCAAGUUUAAGAUUAUUGUUUACGGAUCUGCCCGCCGAGGCACUGUGAUAGCCACCAUUGAUGGCUUUUCUUGCAAAGUUUUAAGGUCUUCCCGACGUUUUAAACUUCGUGUUGACAAGUGUCUAUGCCCGUGGCAUCAUUCUGUGCCGACUGCCGUCAGAUCAUGUGUGUUCUUGUAAGAUGACUCUAAGAAGAACAGGUUAAUGGACCUAAACGCACCAAACCACGCCCGGAACAAGUUACCUGAAAGUUCAUGGGACACGGAACAAAGGCCCGAUUGAUCUACCCCGAAAUAGAUUGAGACAUAAAGUCCAUACACAGCCGCCUUCUGGGCGUACAGCACGACACACUCACGAGUCUCCGGUAGCCACGGGACUUAUCACAAGUGGCCAUUCCAAGCGACCGUCACAAAGUGGUCAUUGUACGAUGACGCGAGACUACGGUGGCUGUUUCGGCGGGCGCUGUUUUCACCGAGAUGAUGAGGAGGACGACGACGACAAUAUCGACGGCUACUACCGCCUCAGCUCAAGCGGGGGCCGGCCAGAGACCGUGCCCAUGAGCAGGGAUGGCGGCGCAGAUGACGACCAGGAUCCUCAUAAUGAUUACUUUAGGCCUGUGGACGCCUACCAAGGCAGUCACCGGAACAAGGAAUAUGACGAGGUGGACAUGAAGGGCAAGAGGCUCAGCAAAAAACUAAGAAGAAGAGAGCUCAAGAAGAGGAUUCGCUAUUACCUGCACUCUACUUGGAAAUGGAUGCGGCGCGGUAUGGCAGCUCUGACGCCUGGCAUGACGUCCAUCUUCAUGCUGUCACCGACACAGAACGCUUUUGUCAGCGCAGAUUCUCGCUUAGAGGCUAUCUCCGGGAAGUACGCGCCCAGGGUACAAAUCUGACGUGGUCCGCUGAGAGUGCGUCAUCGUAUUGAACUGAUUGUGCAUAUGCUAGUGAGACAGUAUCAUCAUCCUUCAGGGUCAUGGGACUACACUGUAUACACAAAAAAACAUGGAUUUGAGUCUGAGUACUGAUAUAUGGUCUUCACCAAGACACACCUAAAAUCUCUGGUUGAUUUUGUUGGAGGGGGUGUUGUAAAGUUAUUAUGGCGUAAGCUUAUUUAUAACUGAAGGCAUUAUCUGAUGGUCUCCGUGGAAUGUGCUGAUUAUGGCCUUGGUCGACAGCGAAACGGUCAUUUUGUAAGCAAGAGAAUGUGGACAUUUGCAAGAUGCUGGGCAUUUGUCUUGUAAAGUUUAAGGUCCUUUAUUGCAGCCCCGUUUUCUCCUGAAUGUUUCGCCCCUUUCGACAUUUAACAAAUGUUUUCUGGACGGUGCAAAAAUCAAAAUCAUUUGUGUCAGAGAGUUGUCAGUGCCACUUCUAGUACAAUAUUCUAUUUUUCCCCAGAAAUAUUUCGUUUCUCUUGCCGGGCAUCAGACAUGCCUAAUUUUACCACAUAUUGAACUCUAGAUAAACAGGAGUUAGGUUACAUAUUCACAAACAUUUGUAGUUAGAUCUAUAUUUGUAAGCGCAACGUAAAUGGAGUCCCUUUGCGACUAGACCUAUAGGCAUUUAUAAAAUGUGUUUAUACCGGGUGCGCAUUGCUAAUCGAAUUAAUUAACGAGUAGGGGCCAGCCAGUGAUUUUCCCUGGAAUGACAAAAGCAACCAUUUUGGCACAGAUCGACUGAAUUUGACUAAAUUCGGUUGUAGCCUUCAAAAUCAAGAAACAUGUUUCUUUUCAAGGUCGCGAGACGAUUCGCUCGUAUUGAGACUAAACGAUAGCUUGUUCCUAUCUGCAGAGAAAAUUAUGGCUGGCCCCGACUCAAUUCGACUGAAUUCGAUCGGCAGGGUGUAUAGUAGAUGUUCGAAUAUCCUCAGACAAGUUGUAAGAAUGUAAAUGCGAAGGUUUGUAAAUAGUCCCAACGUGGUUGGUCAACGUGUUUGGGCACAGGCAUAACGUAGGUAGCUCCAUAUUAAUCACACUUUACGUGCUUGGGUGUAUGGAUAUCAUCAAGGCGCGUUUGGUUAUUAUGUAAGCGCAGAAUUUUUCGGUGCAAUAAAGUAAAAGAUUACAAUCACUUUUCCCUUUAGGAAGAAUCCAUUUACUUGAGCAAUUUAUUGUACAUUUCUUUACUGACUCAAGCUUCUGCGUGUCUUGUCGUGAAGAGUUCGGAUUUCCAAGGUUAUUAUUGAAGUCUAUAUGGCUCUAUUUGUUUCUUGUUUGUUUUUGUUUUGUUUUAUAUUUAUUUAAAAUUUGUUUCGUUUCUUACCUUAAUAAUAUUGUACUGAUUGCAUCAUAUUAUUCUAUUUUCUUUCCAUUUGUCCCCAAUGCUGUAGAAUGUAAUGUUUUGUAUUCCUACUACCGAUGUUUGCAUCUUACUUUGGUUACUGUUUGGUUCAUGCUUUUGCCUUAUCUUUUUUUUUAAAAACAAACACGUUUUUAAAAAAUCAAGAUUUAUAGGUGAUGCUUCCACACCAGCUGUUAUACCCACAAUCUUCCACGAGUCUGUCACUUUGGCUAACAAUUAUACUCUGAGGCAAAAGAAACGCGAAUAACUGAAAUAUGAAUAAAACACACUACACUCUCACUAGACAGGGGUUUGUCAUGUGUAAAUAAAAUUCUAAUUCGUCAAAUAAUUACACAGUCAUGAGUGUGUCUAUAGGUGGCUAUUUUAUUGCAGCGUAACUAUGUCAUUUCUUUGACCUUGACCAAAGGGCAGAAAGUAAGUACCGUGUGUGACCUAUGGCUGCCAUAGACGCUUUGCAUCUUCGACCCAUAGAAUUCACAAGAGCGUUUAUUUGUCGACGUGGGGUCUGUACUCACACCUGGCUGAUGGCUGAAGCCAAUUGAGGAGCUGUCCGUGGUCGUGGCUGCAACUGAUUGAACUGCCUCCAGAUAGCAUCCCAAACGUGCUCGAAUGGAGUCAUUUUCCCAACGAAGUGGACACACGAUGACAACAAAGUUACAUUCUUUCGGGUCCACGGGAAGGGCGCCACCUUCGACCCAGACCCGAGAAAGCCUGUCUUUGCGGGUAGAUUUUGUUCAUUUCCUAUGUUUCUCACAUGAUUAUAAUGAAUAAUGUUCGACAUGACUUGUGAAUUAUGACAAACAUCGGGUUAGAAGAACAUCCUUGAACAUUUUAUCAAAUGUGUGUGUGUGCCUCCUAAAAGAAAGGUACCAAAAGUCGCCACAGACCAUUUUUAGACAAAAAAUCACCAAAUGGUGUUCUUGAUACUUUCACUAUUUUUUAACAAUGUGUUAAAAGAGUUUUCAUUGAUUUGGCUUUUACAUGUUUUAUUUUAAAUUAUUUUGAGAGUAGGGCAUGUUUUAAAGAUGACAACUGCUUUUAAAAGGUGUUAAAAUAUAUUCUAGAAGCACGUUUUCUCUUCCCCGCUAUGUUUUACCAUUGAAUUCUAAUCAUGAUAUUGAUGUGAACUGAAUGUCGAAUUGGAAAUUAAUUUUCCAUAAAUAAAUACAUUAGAAACAUUUGA